AUGUUCGAAGCUCCGAGCAGUCGCAGAUCCUUUGUUGAGUGUGAACUCUACGCAGCUUCAGUAAUUGCCCUAGUGCUUGAAGUCUUGCUUUCUAGUUCUAGUGUUGGCAUUGAGGGGAUCAUUCAUGAUGCAUGUGGGAGCAUGCCUUCCUUUCUUGAGGAUAAGUCCAAGUUCUCUGUACUUGGUCUGUGUGGCACUGACCCUACUACUAGUAAAAGUUUGAUGAAUGAGACGGAGUAUGACAAAAAGAAGUUCUCUGAGUAUGGCAAUGCUUUGGAAGAGGGAAGUACAGACAGAGAGAAUAACUGUAGGAGUUGCUGUUGCUUCCGGUUGGAUGGUUCAUUGAGGAAGAGUAGCCAAUAUGUUCGUGGAAAGUGUAACUGGGUCCUGCUCACAUUUGAUUCUCCUAUGCAUAAAGAUGUAGGAAUACACAGGCUACCAAAUCUGCAUCACAUUCAUUGGAAUGGACAAAUUUUGUCACAAUAUGAUGUUCACGUUAUAAUUUAUGAAACGCCCUCUUAUGGCACUCAUCAUUUCUCAUUAUGUCAUUUGAGUUCAAAUGAGCAAGCUAAAGUUGCUAUUAAAAAUCCUAAAUGGAUCGAGGAGCUUCAUAAUAAGCAGCAAUUCAUUGAUUUGGAUGCAGUUAUUCUGGCUAUUAAUUGCACAGCUGCUGCUAAAAGAAUUUUUGAGACACACUUGGGCUCAAGAUCCUUGAGCCGGUUCUCCAUACUUCCCAUGCUUGUUGUUAUAGGGCAUCUGUUUUCCAUGUUUUUGGCUUCCUUAUCCACCAUGCUCUAUGUUAUUCUCCAGUUUUUCAAAACACAUUUUAAUUAUGAUUCAGAGUCGUGGAUGUGUGUGACAUCAACAAAUGUAUUCAAGAAGACUGCUUGGAUAAAUAUGCAAAUCCGUUUUCAGAUAUUAUAUUGCCCAAUCUUUCUUCAGAAGAAUGACCUCAGGGCACAAUCAUGUGUUGAAUAUGUAGAGAAAGCUGCGAUGCGUAGGCAUUCUAUGUGGUCAACUUUGGUUGUCGAUAUUCUCCUUGGAAACUUGGUUGGCUGGACAUUUUUAUAUCAUGCAGAACCCAUUUGCCUUUCAGUUUUGAACUUCAUGCAUGGAUUUUCCACAUUUCUGCGCUCUGGGUGUGUGUGGUUAAUGGGAAACCCUGCAGGAUUCAAAUUGAAUGCUGAGCUUGCUGGAGUACUUGGCAUGGUUUCUUUGAAUGCUGUCCAGAUAUGGUCAACACUCUGGAUCUUUGUGGGUUUCGUCUUUAAUUAUAUUAUUCAAGGGCUUUCUGUUUUAGGAAUCCUUUGUGGAUUCACUGUACCUGCUGCUUUGAUCAUAGACAUGAUUGCUCUAGCAACUUUACAUGUUUCAACACUACAUUGGUUCAUUUCACUUGUAUAUUCAUCACAGAUACAGGCGUUGGCAGCCUUGUGGCGACUUUUCAGGGGUCGGAAAUGGAAUCCUCUAAGGAAGAGGUUGGAUACCUUUGAUUAUACAGUGAAGCAACAUAUUGUUGGAUCUCUAUUAUUUACGCCACUUUUACUUCUUUUACCAACUACUUCUGUUUUCUAUAUAUUCUUUAGUAUCGUGGACACAACCAUUAACCUUGUCUGUCUACUGAUUGAAGUGACUAUAUCAAUUAUUCAUGCUACCCCUUAUACCAAGAUAUUUCUUUGGUUGGUGAGGCCAGGAAGAUUCCCUUCUGGAAUAUGGCUUGAAGUUAUUGGUUGUCAGAGUAACAGUAACCUUUCUCCACCAAUUACUGAUUUUAACAAUGAAAUGACCUUAUCCAAGGAAUCUUUGCAUCCAAAGGAUCUCAAUAGAGAAAAAUCUAGUAUUCUAGUUUCAGUUCUCCACAGCAACUACAUGAGCAUAGGGAAAGUUAUCUUGCCUCACUACAAAACUGUAUUUUUGGGAGUUUCUGGGUCAUCCAUCUCCAAAGUGGCUUAUGGAAUCCUCAUUGGGCAAAGAAUGCCAUCUAUGCGUGGCACCCUUCUACCUUCAGCAAUGCCAUGGACGUCCAUGUCCUCCAGAGAGUAUUGGCGCCUUUGUCAUGAUUCACUUAUUGCAUGCUUCAGAUGA